AUGCUCCCGAUCGGCCAGCUGUCUGCAUCUAACAUACCGCCCGGCGACAUCUCCUUCUCGGUCUCCCUCACAGAGUUGCUCGCUCUAGUGGGCGCUUUCUUAUCUGAAGGGACUCUCAAGGGGAAGAGCGGCCCGUUGCAGAUCUUCAUCGCCCCUGAGAUAGCCCUGUCGGUGAAAUGCCGUGGACCGAGUGGCAUCGACUAUGGUUCGUUCAAUGUGACUCUGGUCCAGAGUACAGCGAAUGGCGAACAGCUUGACCUCGAGCCAAGGGACCAUCAGUCUUUGGGGCGUCCCUUCCGCCCCCGAGCAGAAGUGCCGAUAGCGAACCGAAGGAGCUCGGGCAGCCGCCAGCGACCGGUUACGAGAGUGUCAGCGCCUGAGGCUGAUACCAUAGGUGGCUCUCAAAUGGCGUAUGAGCUUCCGGAUCCUGAGAAUCGCAUUGAGGUGGCGAGUACUCCGGUGUCGAGGCGUGGACAGUUGAGUAGAGCAGUGGAGACGAAAGUGGAAGAAGACGGGGCUGCUGAGCCUUCACAAAGUGUUCCAACUCAGCAACGGCCCACUGAAGAGCUUGAUGAUUUGAG